AUGCCUGCGAGAACAAUCGAUCAGUCGUUCGGCGAUUCGGUCGAGCCGAUUGCAAUCGUUGGCACAUCAUGCCGCCUGCCAGGAGAAGCCUCGACUCUUGAAGGCUUCCAAUCAAUGCUUGAGAAUGCGCGAAGAGUCGAUGGAGAAGUUCCAAAAUCACGCUGGAACGCAGAAAAGUUCUAUCACCCCAACAGUGAUCGGAAGGGAACGAUCAACAACACACGAGGCUUCUACCUUGAAGAAGACGUUUCGUUGUUCGAUGCCCCGUUCUUCUCGCUCACUGGCAAAGAAGCAGCUGGUAUGGACCCAGCGCAGCGCCUGCUUCUUGAAGUCUCCUACGAAUGCUUCGAAAACGCUGGCAUCCCGACGGGAGACCUCCCCAAAUCCAAGACAUCCGUAUAUGCAGGAUGCAUGACGAACGACUACGAACUUCUUUCCACCCGGGACCCAUACGACAUGGGCCCAAACGCGGCCAGCGGGAAUGGACGCACAAUGCUCGCAAACCGUGUCAGCUGGUUCUUCGAUCUUAGAGGCCCCAGCAUGCAGCUUGACACAGCUUGCUCUUCAAGUUUGACAGCUCUACACCUAGCCUGUCAAUCUUUGCGCCUCAAUGAAUCCAGACAGGCACUGGUACUAGGAGCAAACCUGCUUCUCUACCCAAACUUCCCGUCUCGGCUCACCGACAUGCACAUGCUCAGCAAAGAUGGCGUAUCACAUAGCUUCGAUGAGCGGGCCAAUGGAUAUGGCAGAGGCGAAGGCUUCGGGGCUGUCGUCGUCAAGCCGUUGAGCGCCGCUCUUGAAGAUGGGGACACUAUCCGUGCUGUCAUUCGCGGAUCUGGAGCCAACAUUGACGGAAAGACGCAAGGGAUCACUCAACCUUCCGCCGAGGCUCAAGCCGAUCUCAUUCGCACCGUCUACACCGAAGCUGGCCUCUCGCCAGAUGAUACAUCGUACUUCGAGGCCCAUGGCACAGGCACUGGACUUGGAGAUCCCACAGAGCUGUCUGGUAUUGGAUCAGCCCUUGGGCAGCAAAGAUCUAAGGACCUCCCACCCCUCUAUGUUGGGUCUGUGAAGUCGAACAUCGGACACACCGAGGGGACCGCUGGUAUCGCUGGAGUCCUGAAGGCCGUACAUUGCUUAGAGAAGGGAGUGCUGGUCCCAAAUGCUGGAUUUGAAAAUCUCAACCCGAAGAUCAAACUCGAUGAAUGGGGCAUCCGGUUCCCCAAGGAGGUAAUGCAGUGGCCGGAUCAAGGCCUGCGAAGGGUGAGCGUCAAUUCGUUUGGCUUUGGCGGCUCUAACGCUCACGUUGUCAUUGACGAUGCUUUGCACUACAUGAAAGCUCGUUCGAUCACUGGCAACCACAAGACAGUUGGAGAGUCUGGUCUUCAAAUCGCGAGCACUGAGGACGGCUCGCAAAAGAUGAUCUUCAGCUUCGCCUCUCAGGAUCAGCAGGGCCUCAGCCGACUCUCCCAAGCGUACGCCGACUUUCUCGACAAAGCAGACAAAACGAAGCUCGACGAGUCAUGGCUUCGGGAUCUCGCCUACACACUUAGCGAGCGCCGCUCUAUGUUCGACUUUCGAAGCUACCUAGUCGCCGACGGCCUUGAGAGCCUGCAGCAACAGCUGCAGAAAGGUCUCGCGAAGCACAAGCGAGCCACGAAGGUCGAAGCGAUCAUUGGUGUUUUCACAGGACAGGGUGCACAGUGGCCGCGAAUGGGAGGUGCCCUUUUGUCUAACCCAAUUGUUCGCACCAACCUGGAACAAACGCAAUCCUAUCUGGAAGGAAUGGGCUGCGAAUGGAAUGUCCUGGAAGUUCUAGGCACCGAGGACAAGCGCAUCAGUCAGCCUGAUUUCAGCCAGCCAGUUUGCACGGCGCUGCAGCUUGCAUUGGUGGACUUGCUUGGACACUGGGGCAUCCAGUUCAAAGCAGUCGUGGGACACAGCUCCGGUGAGAUCGGUGCUGCAUACGCAGCAGGAUUCCUCACGCAUGAGGAUGCGAUCAAGAUCGCGUUUUGGAGAGGAGUGUACUCCGCCGACGUCAAUCGUCGGCUGCAGGGCAAAGUCGGGUCGAUGAUGGCAGCUGGCCUGUCCGAGGAGGAGGCACAGCCUUACAUCGACUUUGUCGCCCCAGGCUCAGUUGUCGUUGCUUGCAUCAACAGUCCUUCCAGUGUCACCCUCUCCGGGGACGACGACGCUCUUACACAGCUUGAGUCGAUCCUCAAGGAGGAUGGCAAGUUCGCUCGUAAGCUACGCACUGGAACGGCUUACCAUUCGCCGCGUAUGCAAGUCAUCACCGAGGACUAUAGACAAUCGCUGGCUUCCAUACAGCCACGCCAGCCCAAGGAAAGCUCUACUUUGAUGUUCUCUUCGGUCAGCAAGAAGCUCCUAGAUGGCCAGGAAGUUGGCGCCGACUACUGGGUCGCGAACAUGGCCAACCCAGUCCAAUUCAGCGGCGCGACUGAAGCACUGUUACAGCACAGUGAGAGCAAAGGCAGACGCAAGACGCCGAUUGCCUGGUCAGCCGCCAUUGAGCUUGGUCCACACGAGGCCCUCAAGGGACCUUUCAAUCAGAUUAUGUCCAAGGUCGAUAGUCGUCUAUCUCAGAAGCUCACAUACACCGCUCCUGUCUUACGAGGACAGGACUCCAUUGACACAGCAAUGAAAGCCGCUGGCAACCUUUGGGCGACCGGGCAUUCUAUUGAUCUUGCGCGAGUCAACAGUCUGGAAGCGUCGAAGAAGCUGGCUUUGACAGACCUACCGCCGUACCCGUGGAAUCACUCGAAGGGCUUCUGGCACGAGUCAAGAUCCUCUGUUGAAAGCCGACUUGGUGUUCACGGCCGAACCGAUCUCUUGGGUGUCCCUGUCGAAGGGCAAAUCCCGUCUGCUCCUCGAUGGCGCAACUAUCUACGCGUUUCAGAGAAUCCAUGGAUCGAAGAUCAUAACAUCACGGGGACGAUCCUGUAUCCCGGUGCUGGAAUGCUCAUCAUGGCUAUUGAGGGCGCGAACCAGAUCAGAGACCUGAACAAGUCCCUUCGCGGAUUUGAACUUCAAGACGUGGCCUUUGAGAAGGCAUUGGCGGUGCCUGCUGGUGAUGAAGGUGUUGAGACAUCGCUCACAUUCAGCCCACAUUCUUCGACUCCUGACUGCUAUGAGUGGGCAGUCUUCUCUAGGGCGUCGAAAGGAGACUGGCUGAAGAACUCAUACGGCAUGAUCUCGAUCAUGUAUCAAGAUUCUGGUGGCGUGAGCGAGCAGAACAUCGAGGCUGGAUUCAAGGCCGACUUCGACAACAUCAAGGCCACAGCCACACAGAAGGUGGAACCUGAGUCUUUCUACGAGCAACUGCAAAGCAUCGGCAUGGUGUACGGGCCACUCUUCGCCAAUAUGACUUCCGCUGCUGCUGCGCCCUCUUCCAACGACGCCUAUGGCACAGUUCGAAUUCCUGAUACAGCGUCUUCGAUGCCAGAAGGCUUUGAGUUUGAACACCUAAUUCAUCCAGCCACUCUCGAUGCCAUCUUCCACCUGCUCUUCGUUGGAUUCCACCAGGGACGCGCGAUGGCGGACUCUGCUGUUCCCAUCCAUAUGGACCGCCUUUUCUUGUCGUCGCAGCAGCUUGCUGGUGCAGGAAGUGAGUAUUCGGUGGCCGCAAAGACUACACACAAGGAACGUCUUGAGCAGACCGGUACUCUCCUUGUCACCAACGAACAAGAACAAGAUUGCAAGAUUCUCGUUGAGAACCUCAGAGUCAAGCAAGUCUCGGACAAUGCCGACUCUCUCGGUCUCAAGAAUGCACAAUGUGCUCAGACGAAGUGGGCAGCCGACAUUGAUUUCCUCGAAGGCUCGACUGUUGGGGUCUCUUUGGAGACUUAUCUUCAGAUUCUCAGCCAUAAACAGGCCAACCUCAAGGUGCUCGUCAUCUGCGACGGUCGACCCUCUCCCGACCUCUUGGCUUUGAUCCAGAAGACUGCGGAGACGUCGUUCGCCAGCUGUGAGCUUCGAGUUCCUGACGACUCUGUUGCCAGCCAUGUCCGCGCAAUACUUGGAGAAUCGCCUAUCGACAUCUCUCUCGCGCAACAAGAAAGCGAGGAUGUUAAGGGCGAUCGUGACUUGGUUGUUGCUUCACUGUCGAAUGCACAGGAAGAGGUUGUGCAUGAUUUCGUGGCCUCGGCCAAGCGGCAUACAUCGGUUGCUUCUGGAAAGCUCAUCCUCGCCACCAGUGCUAUGGGUCAAGACGCAACACUGACCGCUCUGGAUCGAUGUGGUCUACACGCUACCCACCCUCUGAGCAAUUCGCAUGGCGCAGCUGCAGUUGGCUCAACGCGGGCUGUCCAGUCCUUUGCCGACAAAGACGUGGUAUUGCUGGAGGGCAACGACGCAGGAUCUUCCUUCGCUUCUAAGUUGACCCUCGAACUGGAGAAGAGAGAUUGCCAUGUGGAGACCACCAACCUUGCACAGACCGGCUCUCUCGAGGGCAAACUCGUUGUAUCGUUGCUGGAAGCUGAAGAUCCGUUGAUCGUGCGGUGGAGUGACGUCCAGUUCCGCGCUUUCCAGAGGCUUGUGUCGACUGCAGAAUACGUACUAUGGGUAACACCACGGGGUGAUGUUAUCGACGCAGAGUCACUGGACUUUGGACCUGCUACGGGACUCUUGCGAACGCUGCGCCUGGAAUACCCGCAGCUCACUAUGCCACAACUCGAUCUCAAUGGUCUUGCCGUUCAGGAUCCCGCUCGUGCUGCAGCACUGGUCUGCCAGACAUUGCAACACACGACGAAGGAAUCGAGUGGCUGGAACGAGUCUGAAUUCAGAAUCAUCGAUGGAGUUGUCCACAUCCCUCGUGUGGUCGACGAUUCCAGUCUGAAUGAAGAGCUUGAUCUGCAUUCCUCGCACCCGCAGCCGAAGCUGUCGACGCUCGCAGCCGACCAUCGAGCUCUUAAGAUGUCUACAAGCAAUGGGAAGGCACACUUCGAGCAGUCCGAGGUCACGAGCGAGCCUCUGGGUCUCAAUGAAGUUGAGAUCCGAACCACCGCUACUACGUUGACCAGAGGCUCGGAGAAGCACGAAAUCAUGGGCACUGUCAUCAAAGCAGGUCUCCAUGUGAAAUCUUGCAAACCUGGCGACGCAGUUCUGACCGUGUGCGGUGAAAUCAUUGGGAAUGUUGUGCGAGCCAGCCAACACAGUGUUCUGCCAGUGCCGGCCGAAGUGCAGCAGUCGGACUUCAUUGCCUCCGCUGGAGUAUACGCAGAGGCGCUCCACGUCUUGAGGGACGUGGUGUAUCUGAAGACCGGCGAGACGAUCCUCGUUGAUGCUUCGUUGUCAGCUUUUGGGCAAGCCGUUCGAAAUGUCGCCGCAAACGGUGGUGCCAACGUGUAUUGCGCAGCCUCAUCGGCCGACGAGCAAAACAAACUGACCAUCGAUCACAAGGUCGACUUCAAGACUGUUUUGAGAACCGACAGCACUUUUUUCGUGCCAGACAGCCUCCGUGUCACCGGCAAACAAGGCUUCGAUGUAAUCUUGAGCGUCUCCAAAAGUCACGCUCUGCGCAAGAUCAGCUCGACUCUCGGCCUCAACGGCCGUUUCGUCGACACAACUGGCCGAUUGAAUGCGGCUGACCUUGCUCCAAACGCAUUUUCCAAGAACGGGACCUUGAGGAGUGUGCACUUUGAUCAGAUCACAUCCUCAGAGAAGCAAUCGUCGGCAGUGGAUGCGGCACGGCUCAUCGAGCGAAGCACAGUACCAGUCUUGCAAGAUGUGGCGAACUUCUCUAUUGCAGAACUUGAUGCGGCUAUGGAGUCCAUUAAAACCGGCCGUGCCUCUGCGGUUGGCAAAGCAGUUGUCAACUUCGACGAUAAGGCACAAGUCUUGAUUAUGCCCGAAAUCCCAGCACCGUUGUCUCUGGACGGUACCGCUUCUUACGUCCUCAGCGGUGGACUGGGAGCGCUUGGGCUGUCCAUCGCCAACUACAUGGCUGAUCAUGGCGCAAGACAUUUGAUCUUCCUGUCUCGCUCGGGUGCAAGCACAGAGACUCAGCAGCAGGCUCUCGCAGCGCUCGAAAAGAAGGGUUGCAAAGCCGACGCUGUGAAAUGCGAUGUCUGCGACUCGGCAAGCAUGAAGGAGUUUGCUGGUCAGUGCCAGAAACGUGGCUGGAGAGUGAAGGGUGUGAUUCAGGCCGCCAUGGUGAUGCGAGACAACGUAUUCGAGAACAUGACCUACGGAAACUGGCGAAAGGUUGUUGAUCCAAAGGUCGUUGGCACUUGGAACUUGCACAAGUACCUGCCUGACGACAUGUCGUUCUUCAUCAUCUUGUCGUCGAUUAUCGGCAUCAUCGGCAACACAAGUCAAGCAAACUACGGCACUGGCAACUCUUUUCAAGAUGCCUUCGCCCAUUAUCGUAACGAGACCCUAGGCUUGCCUACAACAUCAUUGAAUGUUGGGCUCGUGUCAGACGCUUCACACUUCACCCCUGACUAUACGAUCGAAGAUUACCUGGCUCAAUAUGGCCACAUGGCCGCGGUCCAGAUCAACCAACACGAGCUCAAUGUCGUCCUCAGCGCUGCCAUGCGCGGUCACACCGCCGACGGGCGCCCAGUCCCUGCACAGAUUAUUCCUGGCAUCGAUGACGAUCUGGAGCGUUCCGGCGCUGCCACAACGCUUUGGCCUAUGGACCGCAAGUUCGAUCACCGGAUCGCCAGUGGUGGGGGUACAUCAGACGACGGAGGAUUCAAUGUUCAGGCCGAACUUGGCAAUGCAACGUCGCUUCCAGAAGCAGGCAAGACAGUCGAGACAGCUCUGAGGGCGAGCGUAGCAGCAUCAAUCACAGCUGAGCCUGGCGAUAUUGAUGUGGAGCAGCCGCUGAGCUCAUACGGCGUCGACUCUCUCAAGGCUGUGGAAGUGAGGAACUGGAUUUUCCGAGAAUUGAAGGCGAAUGUCAGCGUGUUCGACGUGCUGAGUCCUAUUACGAUCGAAAGCUUCGCAAAUAAGAUCGCAGGGGAGAGCAAGCUCGUCAGCGCAGAAGUCAGCAAAGAGGCCGCAGCAGCUGCCUGA